ACUUGGGCCCAGUGUUUGUGUGUGCCUAUGGCGGAAGAGCGUGUGGCGAUUGUAAUCGGCGUGACCGGCAUCAAUGGGAACAGCAUCUGCCGCAAGCUCCUGGAGCAGGGAUCCUGGCAAGUCUACGGCACGGGGCGCCGCGAUCGCCCCGACUGGCUGCCCAGCAAGGUGAGCUACGUGCAGCUGGAUCUGCUGGAUGGGGUGGAUGUGCAGACCAAGCUGUCGCCGCUCAAGAACCGCAUCACGACUCUCUUCUGGGCGGCCUGGAUCCCCAUGCAAACGGAGGAGGAGAACUGCGAUGCGAAUGGGACGAUCUUCCGCAACACCCUCGACGCUCUGCUUCCAGGCGCGCUCCGCCAUGUCUGCCUGACCACGGGGGCGAAGCACUACGUGGGGCCGUUCGAUCAGUGGCAGGAUGUGAUGCCCGCGGAGGUUCCGUUCCGGGAAGACUCUCCCAGGCUUCCGGUCCCCAACUUCUACUACGUCCAGGAGGAUCUCCUGUUCGACAGGGUGAAGCAGCACCCGCAUCUCACGUAUUCGAUCCACCGCCCCGGCGCCAUCUUCGGAUUCGCGCCCAGGAACUAUAUGAACUGUAUCCUGGCGCUGGCCGUCUACGCCGCGAUCUGCAAGCGCGACAAGCUGCCAUUCCGAUUCUUCGGGAGCAAGGCGACAUGGGAGGGCCUGAUAGAUGCAUCCGAUGCGGAUCUGAUUGCCGAGCAGGAGAUCUGGGCUGCCACGCAUCCGGCUGCCAAGAACCAGGCGCUCAAUACCACCAACGGGGAUGUGUUCAAAUGGAAGCGCCUCUGGGCUGUGAUCGCGGACGAGAUGGGGGUGGAUCCUGUCCCGUUCGACGGCGAGAGCUUCAACCUGGAGAGUCUGAUGAAGGGGAGAGAUGGGGCCUGGGAUGCGCUUGUGCACGAGCAUAAGCUGCUGCCGACAAAGUUUCAAGAUGUUGGGCAGUUUUGGUUCCUGGAUGCAAUGUUCGCGGCUCCGGUGGAGAACUUGUGCAACAUGAACAAGAGCAAGGAGCUCGGGUUUCUGGGAUUUCGAAACAGCGAGAAGUCUCUGCAGCACUGGAUCCAGGUGCUCAAGGCGGAAAAGAUCGUGCCCUAGUUCGCUGGUCGCAGGCGAAUAAGCGGUCUGCUAACUUUGGGAAAGAUUCGGAGACUCCUCCUGCGACCAAAUAAGCGAAUAAGCGGUAAAGCGAAUAAGCGAAUAAGCGGUUUGCUCUUCCCCAAGAACGCAUGUACAGAAUCGAGUCCAGUCCAGUCUUUGUGUGUUGGUCUUUCUUUAAAGUAUAGUAAUGCUUGCGGCGUGAUUAUUAUCACUUGAGAUCGAUAACAUGGACCUGUAUACAUUAUUUUCUAAUUGAAGUGUUUGUGUUGCUUCAUGGUA